AGGUACCAGAACCAGGAAUUAGAAUCACAGCCCCACCACCCAAAUCAGAUUGUGCUUUGAGCAGAGCUGAUCUGAUUAUUGUUAUUGACUCAUCAACCAGUGUGACGGAGGUCAACUUUAAAAAGGUGCUGUUGUUCCUCCAAGAAUUCCUGAAAAAAGCUGACAUAGAUUCAGGAAAUGUCAGGGUGGGGAUUAUACAGUACAGCACCAACGUCUACCAAGUCUUCCAGCUGAAUACAUUCUCCACAUCCCAAGAGAUUCUCAAAGCUGUAGCCCAGAUUCCCUACAGAUUUGGUAGCACCAACACUGCUGGAGCUCUGGACGUCAUGAGAACUGUCAUGUUUACUUCAGCCAAUGGAGACAGGCCUGAUGUGCCUAACGUAGCAGUCGUAUUGACAGAUGGAGUCUCAAAUGUCAAUUCCCAACAAACAGUUCCUUAUGCUCAGCUAGCACAUGAAGAUGGCAUUCAUAUCUACAGCAUUGGGGUGGGUUUAACUGACUACCGUGAGCUGGAUGGCAUUGCUUCACCACCUGCGGAGCAGAACAGUUUUAAAGUCAGUGACUUUGAUGAACUGCAAGCUGUGGACGACAUUAUUUUUGCCUCUGCCUGCCCAAAGCGAUUUACAAUGCCACCACCAACGGUUUCACAAGUUCCUGACAUAGAAGUUACUGAAAGCAAAGUGCCAAAAUACAGUGAGACAGGCACGGAUGUGGUGUUUAUUCUUGACUCUUCCGUGGAUAAUCGUAUCUUUGAUUGGAUGAAAACUUUUGUGAAAGACUUUGUGUUACAGCUGGAUGUAGAUUCUGGCCGGUGGAAAGUUGGUGCCUUAACUUUUGAUUCUAGAGCCAGAGCUGUUUUCCAUCUGAACAG